AUGCAUCAUCUUCUCAGGAACCAUAUAAAAACCCAGAGGACACUGAGGAACCUCAUCAGAUUCCCUCAGCAUAGAGACACUCCAUUUGAGAUCUUGCAGAAACUGGUAAGCUUAGCUGAGAUACUUGGGCAAAUCGUAUUGGUGGUUUUGAUUUUUUCUUUCUCAAGUUAUCAUUUAGUAAUGUGUUGAUUUGUCAUCUACCUGGUUUUCUCUCUCUCCCUCUCUCUUGGGGUAGCCAACCUUUUGCCCUCUAGGAGUUGUGGAUUACAACUCCCCUCAGUCUUAGCAAGCAUGGCCAUCAGGGCUUAUGAGAAUUGUAGCCUCAGAAUAACUGAAGGGGUGUGUAUGUAUGUGUGUGUGUGUGUGUGAGAGAGAGAGAGAGAGAGAAUGCUAAUGCUUAUCUAUCUAUUAGAUUUCAUAUCUACUAUUCAGCAAAUGGUCCCAGAGCGGGUCUCAAUAAUAAAAUCUAUGAUUAUACUGAAAUAUUGAUUAGGUCCCCUCUAAUAUUCAACAUAAUAUUCCAGUUUAUUUUCUUUAUUUUUGUUGGGCUGUAUCCGACUAAGUUAUAUUCAAAGUAGGUCCACUGAUAUUAAUGGACCUGAGAGAAUCAUUUCCAUUAAUUAAAAUGGAUUUUCUCUAAGUAGAACUGUUGGCUACAGCUCAUCAUUUUUCUUCCAUCAGUGAAUUAGGCACUAUUGCAGUCCGGUCACCAGUUCCUUCUCCAGUGUUUCCUGUAUACCUCCCAACUGCUGUUGAUUCUUGAAUGUCUUUUGGAAAUUUGAACAUGGAUUCUUUGAGAUUCAAUUCACCCUUGUACACUUUUAUCUACUCCCCGCCCUGAUGUCUUCUUUCAGAUCCACACAACCAGUUCAGCAAAUAUGUCUGCCCAGUGGAACCAAUGCUUCGCCAGCUGCCCUGCCUCCACCGUCACAAUUCAGCCACCUCCCUUUGUCCUCACCAUCCCAGGGCCAGCUCUCUACUGCCCUGACCAACCCUUUGGCAUUGAGCAAUACAACCCUUGCGCUCGUAUGAUUCCAUACCAUGAGGGGGCACGACGUGGUGGAUACAGCUCCUUCUACAGUGGUCCAGCCUCUGGUCUGAGCUCAACGAGCAUCUAUUCCAAAAGAUUUGAGGGUGGAUGCAACUCUUGCCAGUGAUAUUGAAGCUCUGAAGACCUCUAUCCACAGAAUGAAUGUGUUGAGGAGCAUGGACUAAGAAAUCAAGAGAAUGGCUCCACUGAUUUUGUAGGCAUAGUUUCUAGAAAUGUAUGUUGAACAUGUACAACCGUUGUGUUAUAAGCCAGAGGUUUUCAAAACCUUUAACCUUCAAGGGCCCUGUUCUACCUUGCUGUGAAUCGCCUGUGCAUCUGUCAAGAACAAGUAUUGCAUCACUGAGCAUUCUUCUUCGGUUCUUCUUGGGCCCUGAUGAGGUCCUGUUGCUCUGCUAGGGCUCACAUGGAGGCAAUGUUCCUCAAUGGCUACAGAUUUGGGGAGACAAACAUGGGCAAACUAUGUGCCAGCAUCUAUAGAUCUCCUUGUGAAAAUCCUGAUUAAAUUUUUGAGGAUGUCACCAUUUGUAAACCACUGUUGUGGGCUAUUUAUGUAAAUGUAAAAACAACAACCAGAAAUUGGAAAGCAAGUUCCAUUGCACAUGGCACUUUCAAAACCAUCUUCACUGAAGGCAGAUGGUCCUCCAUGUAGCAACAUGUCUUAUUACUGUUCCAUGAGUUCAAUGUAUAGCUGUUUCUGAUUUUGAUGUUUUGUGCAAACCUGAGACUUCAAACUGU